AUGAAUCCGGUGGUUGGCCUUGUGGAGCCUAGGACUCAAGAGGCACUGGAUAUUGUGUGGAACUCAUGGCUGCCAUCGAAGGUGAGAAUUUUCGGAUGGAGACUACUCAAGGACUGCCUACCAACAAGAGAACAACUGGUUAAAAGGGGAAUUAUUGAUGGAAAUGUUGACAGCUUUUGUGUUUUUGGUUGUCAAUGUCAAGAGAGUUCCAAUCACUUGUUUCUAUCGUGUCAUGUGGCUGUGGCGGUUUGGGAGAAGAUUCAUACAUGGCUCGAGAUGGAUAUGCAGCCACUAGUUGAUUGCUGUGAGGACCUACUGCAUUCGGUCGACAUGCUGCAGAAAAUAGGAUCGACAAGGAGGGUGGGUGCGAUUUGGUUAACGGUUUGCUGGUGUAUAUGGAGACAUUGA